AUGCUCUACAGAUUGUAUUUUAAAGUCUCUGUUGUACUUGUUUUAGCACCAUUCUCUUUUGCAGGUCAGGAAAAUUUCCAUGAUCAUUUAAUUGAAGAAAAAUUUAUCCAGGGUUCCACACAAGAAUUGGAAAGAGAUAUAGAGGACGUAAAAGUCUCUUUCCAGAACAAGACAUUGGCCUUGCAAAGGAUCCAAAUUAUGGAUGCCCUGAGAAACAAACUGAAACAAGAUGAUGUGAGCUCACGUCUGAUCCUGGAAACAAUGAAACACAUAGUAUUGCUCAGCCAGACAAUAACUGAAUAUCAGCAGCAAGCACGUCAGAAGGAAGAGCAGUUGAUUGACAUUAAAAGGAAAAGACUCUCACUGACAAAAGAUGGAGGACAGAAACUACAGCAAAUUCAGACCAUGAUGGAAAGGCAAAAGGAGAAACAAGCGAGUAUGAAUGUCACUGAAACAGAGAAGAUGCUUUAUAAAUUAAAAAAAGAAAGAGAGAUUACUGCAAUAAUUCAAAAUGUGUUCCAGAGCAUCAUCAUUGGAAGCAGAGUUAACUGGGCAGAAGAUCCGUCUUUAAAGGCAAUUGUUCUACAGCUUGAAAAUAAUGUCUAUCUUCAGUGAGCCAGGAGGUGGAUACAGUGGUGCUUAUUUUAUACACAGUGCGCAUUUUAACUAAAUUUGAGAGAUUAUAUGUAUCUCAAAAACAAUUUUAUUUUAAAAUGAAUUGUAAAAUUUGAUCUUUCUGAAAGGUGUUCUUUCUAGAGAAUUAGAAUGUGUCCAAGCAAUUCUUUGAAGUUAAAUUUAUCUUCUGGUGGACAGCAAACGUUUGAAGAGGCAGUAGAGCUGAAAUGAAACUAACUGAAGACUCACUUUUCAAGCUGUCCUGUCUCAAGCACUCGUUUUCCUCUGAAAAGCAACAAUAAUGCAAGAAAAGUUCAAGGUUUCAUGUAGAAGUGGACUUUGAAACAGAGACUUUGCUGUACCGCUUUCCUGGGGACCAGCAGGCUGUGGGGCUCAAGCAGGAUGCUUGACCCUGCUCUGUCCCAAUCAAAAGCUCAAUCUGGAAUAUUUAUUCGCAAGUCUGGAUUUGGGAUUAUUUUUGUUAUUAAGUCAUUUAUGGAUCAUUUUAAACAUUAUUUUAAACAGAAAUUUUAUGCUUUUUUUAGCAGUGAUUCUUGUCUGUAGAGGCAACUGCAUACUGCCAGCUGUGCAGCUAAGCAGUGUU